AUGGAUAAAUCAAUAGAAGAUAUAAGAAAACAGCAUUCAGAACAGGAAUUUCUCGAAAGAACCAUUUUGUCUCUAAAUCAAGAUUCACAUGAGAUCAGUCCAAGUGAUCUUAUUGUUAUUUUGUUGUACACGUUGAUGUUGGAAAGUGAAUUCUCUCCAUGUGAAACAGACUGUGGAGGGAUCCAUGAAUCUGAAACACUAAAUAGUGGAACUGCGAGUAAUCUCCCUAAUGCUUGGAAAGAUGAUCAGACUAAUGUAUACAAAAUAACAUUUAUACUAAAUCAGAUUGCAGAACAUAGAUGCAGACUUGUUGGUUUCUUAAUUGGUGAUAUUUUGGAGCUUAAUCUGAUUGUAUCGAAUAUUGUCCCAAAAAUAGUAUUUGGUUUGAGUUUCCGUUGUUCUGAUGUUAUAAAGAAGACUCAGCCAUCGACUCCUGUGUUAGCCAGAUAUGCAAAUAUAAGACAGUUAAAAGAGAAAUUAAAGAAAGAGCUGCUGUACCCUGUGAGGUGUAUUAUUUUGAAUGAAGUACAUGUAUUAAAUGGUUCCCUCCUGGGUAUUCCAGAUGACCUAAAACAUAAAAUAUACUCACAACUCAAAUUAAAUGAUAUUUAUAGUUUAUUGAUGUCAUGUCGCUACAUGAACAACUUAAUUGUAUCUGACCGACGGCUGUGGAAGAAAUUGUUUUGCAGAUAUUAUCCAACUGCUUACAAUGAGCUAAUUGUAGACAACCGAGAAAACAUUGACUGGAAAAAGGAAUUGCAGAAGAGGAGGCAACAAAGGAUUGCAUCAAGGGGACCUUUUGGCUUUUCAGAUUUCAGGGUACUGUCUUAUUGA